UAAGAAUCUGAAUUAAUGAACAGAAUUCUGAAUUAGUGAAUAAUUUUUUUAUUUACUCAACAUAAAACUAUGAAUAUCGCUCGGAACCGUCCAAAUAACACGUCUUAAAUGUCUCCGGCGGUGUUCGAAACUAUGUCAUUGGAUUUUUCAUCUACAAACUCUGUUGCACUAAAAAAUGUGACGAUGAGGAUUGCGUUUAAUGUGUAUCCAACAUGUUAAACCGUAAUGGGAGAAAUAUCUGUCAUGUUUCCGAGGGAAUUGCUGGCGAUCGCCUUGUUGUUGAAUGCUGUUCGUUCAAACGAUGUGCCUUGCGACAAGACCCGUACCAUCUUGUCCCAGGCUAGUGGAAUCAUCACUCAUGGUCCCCCGGGAACAAAUUACUCACAGAACACUCACUGCGAAUGGUUAAUCAAAGCGAAUAGUACAAAUCAGUUUAUUACUUUGGAGUUCAAGACACUAAACACAGAAUGUUCUUAUGACUAUGUAUUUGUUUAUGAUGGAGAUUCUUUUAAUUCACCACUCCUUGGAAGUUAUAGUGGAAAGAAUCAACCUCAAUCGAUAUUAGCGUCAUCCGGUUUUAUGUUAAUAUUGUUAUUCAGUGACACAAAUUAUGCAUUAGAAGGUUUUGAAGCUUCCUAUUAUGUAUCUGAUUGCCCAAGAAAUUGUUCAAAUCAUGGAUUUUGCCUUCGAAAUUUUUGUGUGUGUGAUAACGAAUGGGGUGGACCUGACUGCGCAACUGAACUGUGUCCUGAUAAAUGUGGUGAACCUAACAGGGGUGUGUGCAAACAAGGUCGAUGCCAUUGCUUACAAAACUAUUCAGGAAUGGGUUGCACAUUGAAUAGUUCUGAUUCUACAGGGAAUAGAUGGCAUGACUUGUAUCAGGGAGGCAUACAUCCGAGAGCAGCCCAUUCAGCUGUGUAUAUUUCUGAGGCUGAUUCUUUAUACAUUUUUGGUGGAUAUGAUUUAAACAAUAUUCUUGGUGAUCUCGUUGUCUUUCGGUUUAACACUUCUAUGUGGUACGAUCGAAAUAAUAAUGUCAUAGAUCCUUUACACACAACCGUCAAUUCCAUUGGAUCAGCCACAAUAAAUGCUCUGAUGACUGCAAAGUUAGGAGACACAACAAUUGGAACAAAUCGAUCUAAAUACUCUUCUUUUGAUAAUACUAGUCGUGUAAAUGAACAUAGACGGAACAAAACGUGGUCAGCUGUAUUACAUGAUAUCUUUGUAUCACUAGCUGACGAUUCAACAUUCCUUGAACAUCAAAAUGAUAAUACACGUCAUUCGCCAUUUGAGUUUCCUAAUGAUGAAAAUAAUGAACAUAUAUUGAAUGAAAUUAAACAAAAACGAUUACCAGCUCCGCGCUUUGGACAUGCAGCAACAAAGUACAAUGGAGGAUUUCUCAUGUAUGGUGGUAGACUGAAAAAGGGUUUGUCAGGAGAACUAUGGUUUUAUAACAUAUAUACUAAAAAAUGGUUUUUACGAGCACAACAUUCUACAAUUAUACCGCCUGCUCUUACAAGACAUACUCUAACAUAUGUGGAACAUACAAAUACUAUUUAUUUAGUUGGUGGUAGUAAUAGCAAAGGAUAUUUUUCUUCUCAAAUAUUUUCUAUUCAACUUAAUACAGAUGAUGAGAACGAACAAUGGAAAGAAAUUAAACCAAGAGGUGGCAAAGAAUUAAAUUUUCGGGUUGCAGCUCAUUCGACAGUGUAUGAUAUUCGUUCUCAAUCUCUCAUUAUUUAUGGUGGAAUAGUCACAAGUGCAUCAUGGUUUUCAAAACUUAGUGAUCGUAUGUUUAUUUUUAAUAUACCGACACAGCAUUGGUCUGAAAUAAAAUAUCCACCAUCAAAUGUACCCACCGAACGAGCUUUUCACUCUGCAAAUAUAAUGGGAAAUUACAUUGUUGUUUUUGGAGGAUAUACACAUAGACAUGCCAAGGAAGAAAUUUGUUACGACAAUGAAAUAUAUCUGUAUCAUCUUGGUUGUAAUACAUGGCUUAGUCGAGAUGUCCUUGGAUUAUCUAACAAAGAGUUCACUCAUAAGAAAAUGUUUGGUGUAUUUGGACACGGGUCUGAUGUCCGUAACAGAAACACAUUAAUUAUUGUUGGUGGAUAUCGAGGAAACAUAAACUCAGAUUUGUUAGCAUUUGUUUUACCACCAACAUUAGUUCCUACAGGAAACGAUUCCUAUCAUUUAGAACUUAUGUGCUUAAGACACAAAGGUCUUCAAGAGUGUACAGCAAAUCCAGAAUGUGGAUGGUGUUCUUCUGACGAUACUUGUUAUGGACGCAACGGGGGUAUAAAUUGUACAACCAAUUUACAAACAACCAGAUGCCCGGGUAUCUGUUCUGCUUUAACUGAUUGUCAUUCGUGUUUAAUUCAUGGGGAAAGUACUCCUUUUAGCAAUAAUCAGUCAACCACUUCAGUUGCCCAUAUAAUGCAAUUAGGUCGAUGUGUUUGGUGCAUACAAGAUGGUCGAUGUCAUCAUAAAAAUGAUAAUUACGAGGUGUGUGGUCUACAUAAUAAUUUGAAUGGUGGAGGAAUAGAAGUUGCUUAUCCAGACAAUUGCAGAGCAUUAGAUAGAAGAUCAGGAUUGACUUUUUUCAAAUAUUUACAUCCUGCAAAUUUUUCACAGCCAGAUCUAGUAUCAGUAGUUAAUACAAGUAUCAUUGAUGUUUCAACCCAUUUACCAAUGUCAAGAGCUGAUCUAUCAAUUGGUGGUACAAUGGUUGUAAGGCUUUCUGGAUUUUUGCGAUUUCCUCAGAUGUGGGACAAUCAUAAGGACCAACUGCAAUUAUGCUCUCGAUUUACAAAUACACGACUUAUAAUGACAUCUCCAUAUAUGUACCAACCAGAAAUCAAUAUAACAUUGAAAGCUGAUGGUUGGCAAUGUUUACAACUUUCAUCGUGGUCUACUGAAGAUCAACCAUUUCAUGCUCCUGAACGAUACUUAUUAGAUUUAACUACUCAUAAAAAUAUAACAUAUUCUCAAAACACUGGUACCUCUAUUGUAGAAUUACAACACAAUAAAGGUCAUAAUAAUUCAAAGCCUUUUACAAUGGAGUAUCUUGAACCAUAUCAUAGCAGAGACAGCUCAAUAUGUACUGGCUAUCAAAGUUGUCUCAUAUGUGUUAGUGAUGCUAAUUGUGCAUGGUGUGAAUUAAAAUCAGUUUGCACCACAAGAAAUCAAACAGAUUCAGUUUUUUGCCAUAAUAAUAAAAAUAUUAAUGAAUGGAAAUAUCUUGUUAUAUCACCUCAGCUAUGUCCAAACUGUUCUAAUCAUGUGGAUUGUGUUGAUUGUAUUCAAAGUGGAUAUUGUGAAUGGUGGAGUCAAGAAGCCAAAUGUGAACGACGUGGAAGAUUACCUGAUGGAGUGGUAUCUAUUGAUUCAUGCCCUGUUCCAUGUUCAAAUAGACACUCAUGCUCUGAUUGCUUGGACAAUGGUCGAUGUGUUUGGUGCCGAGCAACAAAUGAAUGUUUCCAUUUUUCCGAAUAUACAUCAGAAUAUCAAUUUGGACGAUGUCGAGAAUGGAUUGACAGAAGUGUUCAUUAUUAUGGAUCAGGACAGAUGCAAAUAGAUAAACCUAACUUAGCAUGUACCUCAUGCGAAAAAAGUAUGAAUUGUUCUAGUUGUCUAAAAACUCUUGGUUGUGGAUGGUGUUAUGACAGUGGUAACCCAAUUCAAGGGAUUUGUACAGGAGGUGAUUUUAGUAAACCAUUUAUAGGAACUUGUUCCUACAUAAUGAACAACAAUACUUAUGAAGAAGACUCAAGUUGGGCAUAUGCACAAUGUCCAGAUGUUGAUGAAUGUGGUCUGGGACUACAUGAUUGCCAUAAAGAAGCCAAAUGUACCAAUACUCAAGGUUCAUAUAGCUGUCAGUGUAAACGAGGUUUUAUAGGCGAUGGAAAACAUUCAUGUACAAGAACGUGUUAUCAUAAAUGUCUAAAUGGAUAUUGUAUUGGAGCACCUGACUAUACAUGUAAAUGUGAUCUCGGAUGGACUGGAGCUGAUUGUGCAAUUAACUGUGGAUGUAAUAAUCAUUCAACCUGCAACGAACGACCUGGAACAUGUGACCAGUGUCAAGAUUGGACCACUGGGCAGUUUUGCGAAUAUUGCAAAGCUGGAAGUUAUGGUAAUGCAACAUCGAUAGAAGGAUGCCAUAAAUGUGAUUGCAAUGGUCAUGGUGAUGAACAACUUGGUAUUUGUGAUUCUAAUUCGGGUAAAUGUUAUUGUAAACAUUAUACUGAAGGAGAUAAUUGUCAAUUUUGCAAAAAAGGAUUUUUUGGAGAUCCAAAAAAUGGAAAUGUUUGUUAUCAUCAAUGUAUGGCCAGAGGUAUUUUAUCUGGCAUGGGCCCUCAAGGUUUUGGAUCAAAAUCUGUGGAGAUUAGUGCUUGGGAAACACGUUUAGAAGGUCCGCCAUCGAAAGAAUGUCUCUGGAUAAUUGAUCCUGAAAACAUGCGAAAUAAUUCAACUGCAAUUGGAUCUUAUGUGAUACAGUUAACAAUCGAUAAUGAUAUAAAUGUCCCAUGUGGUAUGAACAGUGUUUAUGUGUAUGAUGGACUACCGAAUUUUGUUUCUAUGUCUAGAACACACCCAGCUCAUUCUCUUGGUGUAUUUUGUACUAGAGAUUCUCAGUAUCCUUUAACCAUAGAAGGGGUUACUGGUGUGAUGACUGUUUAUUACAAACAAUCUGAACCUACUGAAGGGUUUAAUGCUACGUACGUAGUGUUUAGCUGUCCAGACUUCUGUCCCCCAACCCGAGUAUGUCAUCAUAACCGUUGUGUAUGUCAAAAAGGAAGUACUGGAGUACUUUGUCAAGACUUAAUAUGUCCAAAUGAUUGUAAUCAUGCCAAAGGCCAUGGAAAAUGUGAUCAUGAAUAUGGUCGCUGUAUUUGUGAUAGUAUUUAUGAAGGAGAAGAUUGUUCAAUUUCAGUUCCUAUAUCUAGUCAUUUGCGACAACCACUUAUAUUUACGGAUCUAUUUAACUCAGCUCACGUAUCAGAAAAUUUAGAUCACUUGCGUCAAACAUUACCUCGAUUUGGACAUUCAGUGGUUGCAACAAGGCGUGGUCAGUUGUGGUUAUUCGGUGGUUAUUCAUUAUCACAUGGUCCUUUAAAUGAUAUUCGUUUGUUUGACUCUAAAAACAAUUCUUGGAUGCAAGUCACAGUAGAUGGUACGAAUGACGCUCAUAUGCCAAAUGGGAGGUAUUUCCAUGCAGCUGAAAUAGUACAUUCUCGAAGGGAAAUAUAUGUCUAUGGUGGUCUAACACAAAUUCAAACUCCUUACGGUCGUUCUACGAAAUAUUCAAUGAAGAUUUUAUCAGACUUUUGGAAAUUCAGUUUAAAGGAUCAAAGAUGGAUAGGCAUACAAACUGAAUUAGAUCCACCGCCAUUGGCCGGCCAUACUCUUACAUUACGAUCUGUUGGUGAAAAAGAAAGUCUUAUAUUAAUUGGAGGUUUUAGUCCAGAUAUGGGUUUCCUUGAAGAUGUAUGGGAGUUUGAUAUGCAAACAGAAGUUUGGAAAAAGUUUAAAACAAGUGGCUAUGGACCAGCUGGUAUUUAUGGACAUAGUACAGUAUACCAUGGUCCAACCGAUAGUUUGUAUGUAUUUGGUGGAUAUAUUUACUCAGUUAAUCAAACAAUAAUGACAGAUAAAUUAUUCGCACUUAACUAUGAAUUACAAAUAUGGACUAUUCUACCGAUUUUCAAAGACUAUAAUCCACCAAAAAAUAGCCUACCAAGAGGGCGAUUUUUACAUUCAGCUAUCACAACAGAUGAAUAUAUGUUUGUUUUUGGUGGAAGGACUGAUCCACCUAGUACAAAUGAUACUCUUAUUGCUUACUCGUAUGCAUGUAACCAGUGGAUACGUUUAUUAACUCCAGAUAUAUUUAUUAUUGGUUUGCCGCCACCACCUACUCAUGCUCAUGCAAUGACAUUAGACAUAGAAACAAAGUCUAUGUACAUUCUUGGUGGUUUUGCUGGCGAUAUACAAUCUCGUGUGACACGGAUUCAAUUACCACAAGACCUUUGUAAUCUGUGGUCUGGUAAACGAGAUAAAUGCAGAUCUCUGGUUGGAUGUUCAUUUUGUCAAGUGAUAGGAACAAAUGUCAGUUACUGUUUUACUCAUCUUGGUCCAGGCUUUAAUCCCUGUGUUUCGACUAAUGGUACAUCACGAACAAAUAAUGGAGUGUCUUGCAAUUCAAAUUGGAUAUCUAGUCGAUCUUGUGAACAGUACACAACAUGUACCGAUUGUUUAGCUACAUGGCCUAAUAAUCACUAUGAAAACUCAAAUGUUUGUUCAUGGUGUGCAAAUUGUGGUACUAAAGGACAAUGUGUUAAAGAUGCUUCAAGCUGUGAUAAUCAAUGUAAAACAGUGACAAAAGUAGAAAUGUGUCCAAAUAUUCAAUGUAUGGCAACUAAUUGUGAAAAAUGUCAUCAGCAAGGAAAUUGUUUAUGGACUAGGCAAGUGCAUACAUCUGAGUUUGGAACUCUUUCAAAUAGUGGGUCAUUGUAUGAUUGGAGUUGUUCUAGUCUAGAUCUCAGUCAACGAUCAAAUAUCAAAAUAAAAAACACUUCCAUUUGUCCAGAACGUUGUUCUGCGCACAAAUCUUGUGAAACAUGUUUAUCAUCUCAUGGUGGAGAAGGAGGAUGGCAUGAAUGUCGCUGGUCAAUUACAUUAAACGAGUGCAUAUCACCUAGUUAUCAACCACUAUACUGUGCUGGGGGUGUUUGUGGACUUGUUCUUAGUGGUGGUAAUAUAGAUCGUUGCCCUCAACCUUGUUCUAGCUAUAUUCAAUGUUCUACGUGUCUCCGCCAUACCCAUUGUGGAUGGUGUGCUUUAGAUGUAUUGAACAAAACUGGACAGGGAAUAUGUACGGAAGGUUAUAUGUCUAGUCCAGCUUCUGGUCCUAACCAUUCAUGUCAGGAAUUACUUCAACACUUAAAUACUGAACCUAAAAUGGCAGCUUAUCAAAACUUAGAAUCUCAUGAUUUCAUUUACGGAAUAGAUGAUGCACUUUCACCAUCAACAGAUGUAGCUUUAUUAAAUAAAGAAUUAACCUUGAAUGAUUCUGUAGCAUGGUAUUACAUAACUUGUCCACCUGAAAAUGAAUGUGUAAAUGGUCAUCAUAGUUGCAAUUCAGAAAGUGAAGAAUGUGUUGAUCUUGCUGAUGGUUUUCAUUGUGUAUGUGGCAAUGGUUAUCAACCUGAUGAUAAUUCUCAAUGUAUUCCAAUUUGUACACAAGGCUGCGUUAGAGGUGAAUGCAUAAAACCAGAUGUCUGUCGCUGUGGUUUUGGUUAUGUUGGUUCCAAUUGUACAAUACAAUGUGAAUGUAAUGGACACUCUGAUUGUGCUGGUCCUGAUCGCUUAACAGAAUGUUUGAGUUGCAAAAACAACACCCAAGGGUCUCAAUGUCAACGAUGUAAACUAUUUUAUGUUGGUAACCCAGUUGAUCAUGGCCAAUGUAUACCAUGCUCAGAUUAUUGUAAUGGGCAUGCUCAAGUAUGUGUUGAAAAAUACGAUACUGAACCAUUUGAUGCUCUAAGUAUUUUAAAUGAUCCUAAUACUAAUCUUAUGCAAAAUGAUGGACCUCUUUCUGAUGCAUAUUGCAUUAAUUGUAUGGACAACACAACCGGUCCAACAUGUUCGGGUUGUUUAUCUGGCCAUUUUCGAGGUUCAAGUGAUAAUCGAGAUCCUUGUAGACCAUGUGAAUGUCAUGGUCAUGGGAGUACUUGUGAUCCAAUUACUGGAGAAAAAUGUGAUUGUCAAAACAAUACUGAAAGUGACACAAACUGUCAGUCAGGGGGCGUACCUCAUCAUCGAACAUUAAAAAAUACCGUUCAGCUAUGUUGGAUGCAACAGUGUUCAAAGUGCAGAGAAUCAUAUAUGGGCACUCCAACUGAUGGCCAUCAGUGUUACAAACAAAUGAGUGUAGACUUAAGGUUUUGCCUGGAUGCCAAACUGCUUGAUGAGUGUAAAACAAAACCUAAUCCACUUUACCCAGGACAAACAUCGUUUUUCGUUGUUCAACCACGUUUUAUGAAUGUCGAUAUCAGAAUUACUGUUGACAUAACACAAGGCGCUGUCGAUUUCUUCUUAACAUCACAUGAGGAUAUUUUCAUAGUUACUAAAAAUAAGUCACUUAAUAGAAAUGUUUUUGAUUUUGAUCCAAGGUUUGAGUGGUUUAGUGAAAUGGAAACGAUUGAACGUGUGAGUAGUAGCUCAAAUUCUUCAAAAGGUAGACAUUUAUUUACAUAUCAAGAGCACAAAACCAAAGGUUUGUCUACAUACGUGACACUGAAAAAGAGUAUGUCUCUGCUUAUGGUGAAAAAUGUCAACAAUAGAUUGAUCAUUACACUUCCACAUGACAAACAUGACCUAUCAGCAACAAGAUAUUACAUGGCGUUGUUAGCAAUCUCAUCGUUACCUGCUCAAGCCACUCAUUUAGUACCUGUUCCAACUUACGGAACGGUGUUUUUUAGACAAGACCAACUUCAUAUUGAUCUCUUUGUGUUUUUCUCUGUAUUUUUCUCGUGUUUCUUUUUGUUUCUUGCCGUAUGCGUUGUUGGAUGGAAAGCAAAACAAGCAGCUGACAUGCGACGAGCGCGUCGCCAGCAGGUUGUGGAGAUGUUGCACAUGGCCAAGAGACCGUUCGCGUUUGUGGCCAUCGUACUGAACUGCAGCACGCCCCAGCAACAGCCGGAGACUAACAACAGCCAGGUGACCAGGUUUGGUGACAUCAGGCCGUUGGCGAUCGAACCAACCAGCGAUGCAAAUGCGGCGGUCACCACGUUGUUGAUAAAGCUGCCAGACCGUGGCCAACAGUCAGCGGGCACGAGGCUGGCGCUCGGCUCCACGUUGGUGUUAAACAUGCUUAACCCGAGAGGUGGUUACUCUUCCAACGCUCACCGACACCACCACCAUCACCACCACCACCAUCACAACAACGCUGGUCCUAGGCAAAGGAGGAACGCGCCCCAGUGAUUGUGGAUAACUGUUCUCCCCGUGAAUCGUAUAAAUAUUGUUUGUAAGGUAUAUUCUAAAAUAUUCUGGUCGUAAUAACCAUUAUAUUGUUUGCAAUAAUAAAAAUAAUAAUAGUAAUGUGUUGUAACAUAAUCCAUUAAGGGGCCUCGCUACUGCCGUCAAUUUUAGACUAACCAUUAAAACAUGUAUUUGUUUUGACAAAAUUAAAGUUAGUUAACGUUGUCUGAUUUUGAUUCUGAAAAAAAAUUUAAACUCACCAAAAUAUUGUCUAUAGAUCCUACAAAGCACUUUGUAAAAACUACAUUUUAUAUUAUUGUUAACUGUAAUUGAAAACUUGAAUAUCAACUUUUUCGAAUCAUAAUUAAAUAUAAUAUUAAAAACGGAAAAUGUUUCGUACGAUCUACAGACAUUUUUCUGCUGAACUCAAUAAUUUUUUCAGAAUCAAAAUCAGACAACGUUAACUAACUUUAAUUUUGUCAAAACAAAUGUAUGUUUUUGCAAAAUUCGUGUUGUGAAAUUGAUAUGGUUAUAGUGUUAUUGACAUGUGCAUGCGCGUACGAGAGGAUACCCGCAUUUAAUUUCACUCACACUAAUAAUCAUUUACAACUAACACAUAAAUCCCGGGUGGUUAUGAAAAAAUUAGAAAUUGCCUAAAUGUUGCCCCUUAAAUAAUGACCGUAGCGAGGCCCCUUAACAUGGCGUUUAAAUCAGUAUUUCCAACUCGCAAUAAUUGGUGAGACUAAAAUCACAAAUCACUGGCGAGUCUGAUACAAUGAGUACGCGGCCCAUGUAGACAUACCGAUCGGAUAUUCACUCUAGACCGAACGCAAUUAAUUUUAGAGCCCGUGCAUUAUAACUCGCCAAAACAUGCAAUAAAUAAAACAUACCAUAUUUUAGUAGACAUACGUGGGUAAUGAAACCUAAUAUUUAAAUAUUCCACUAAUUUAUUUAUAAGUUUAAUUUUGUCAAUUGAUAUUUAGUAAUAAUUUAUUUGAACUUUUUGGUAGCUGUUAUCAACCCUCCAUUUACUCUCUAAUUCUGUUUUUAUCCUAUUAUAUUUAUUAUUUGUAUAAUGUUUAGGUAUUGUAUCGUUUAUUAACUAAGUCUUUCUAAUUUCCAUGAUAAAUGAACUGAAUGAUUUCUGAUUGCUUUUUAUAUUAUUACUAUUAUGAUUAUUAUGUUAUCAUAUUACACUAUAUUUGUUGAUCUCUUCAUUAUGAUUCAUAUACACUUAUAAUUAUAUAAUGUUAUUGUAAAUAAAUCAGUAUAAUUAAAAGAAAUUAUAAAUUUAAAAAAAAUGUUAGACAAAUCAAUUUUAGGCAAUCAUUUUUUGUCCAUAAUCCACUAUUUUGUGUGAAAUUACUUGCGAAAAUGAAUACCUUCAAAAACAUCACUAUUACAUUUACACAUUUUUUAUAACUGCUAUGUUCCAACAUCUUAAGAAAAAUUCAGUUAAAUUAAUUAAUUAAAAAUUAGUUAAUAUUUAACAGGGUCCACUCUCCACCUCAUAGUUUACAAAUUUUUUCGUUUAAAGGGAUUCGAUCCAGGCUGUGUUUUCUACCAAAAUAGACCCAUAUUUUAUGCUAAUUGUACCAAAAAUCCUAGUGAUCGGUUAAGACUUCUGAAGUUCUGAAAAUAAUAUUUUUAUUCCUCAUGAAGUUAACUUGAAAACAACAUUCCCACGUAUUGAAACUGAACACUUCAAAUUUCAAUUUUCAAUUAAUAAAUAUGCAAGAAUGUCAUUUUCAAGUAAAUUUCAUAAGAAAUUCUAGUAUGAUUCUUAAAACUUUAUCGGAUAAAUAGGUUGGACUUCAAUAUUGAUAUUGUUGGAAAAAAAAAAUUAAUAUUUAUAUUCUUCUAUUACCUUAUCAAAGUAAGGAAGCGCUCCACUAUUUUUUUAACACUACUGUCACACUUUACAUACUAAUUAUCACUUACCUAACCCAGGUGGAGGGGGGCUUUUGAGCUGAAGCCCCCCCCCCCAAAAAAAAAAAAAUAUUUCAAAUUAUAUAUUAUACCAUAUUGUCACAAAUAUAGUAGACGUUAGAUACCUACAAAUAAAUAGUUCAAUUAGUAUGCGAUAAGGACAUACGUAUAUAUAUGUGUGAAAAUUGUUUACUUGUGUGUAUAGAAAAUAAGAACAUUUUUAAGCCCCUCCCUCCCAACAAAAAUCCUGCACCCGCUUACUACACAUACAUUUAUACAACACAUACAAACUUAGGAAAUUGCCUAUAUAGAACUCCUUAAAAAUGGUCUGUAUCGAAUCCCCUCAAUAUACAUUCAACUUAAUUUUAUUAAAUUGUGAAUAUCACCAAAUGUUUUAAUGUGAUAGUUUCAGUUUGAGAAUUCAUAAUAUACAAUUAAGGAAAAAUUCAAAUAUUUGAAACACUAUAUGUCCAAUUUGCAAUUUUUUACUAUUUGGUUGUGAAAUAUAUAAAGAUAAUAUUGAAUUAAUUUAAUCAUACUUAAUGCUUAUUUAUUUUUAAAAUAAAAAUUACAAAUUAAUAAGUUCAAAUUAGUUUUAACUUUUGAAAUUUAAAAAUGCAAUUUAAGAUUUAUAAUACCAGGUUGUACUAAACGUACUGUUUAUAAUAAUUAAGAAGGUAGUAUAUAGGUUCUUAGAAUUUGUUCGAUAUACUUAUCAUAGAUUAGAAUCUCAGAUAAUACAGUGUUUCAUUAUACCUACCAUGUAACUUUGGCUCAAUUUAUAAAAUACCAACUGUGAAAUUAUGUACACAACUUUUUUUUAUGGAAAAAUAAAAAUUUUAAUUUUAGAUCAAUAGAGAAAUUAUCAUUGCAAAUUAUGUCUACGUUUUGAUGAGAUAAAUUCUUAAUUUUAAAUUGAGUGAUUUACAAUUAUCGUUAUCAUUUUGAUUCUCCCUGUUCGCUAUAAUGUGUUGUUUUUUGUUCCUUUUUUAAUUCAAAAGUCUAUUUUUUGACUUUAUUGCAUUGGUAAUUAUUUGAUAUGAUUUAUGAUUUAAAAAAAAAAAAUUGUACCUAUAAACGCUUUAUAACAUCAAAUUGUUAUUAAUAUAUUUGUAUUGGCAGAUAGUGACUAUAGCGUACAAAAUUAAAACUUAACAUUAGAAUCAUGCAAAUAUGCAAUACAUUAUUUUUCUCUAGAUUCAUUAUUUAUUAUUAUCAUCUUAGAUUCAUCACAAAUUCAAAACCUAGAAAGAACGAACGUAAAUAAUCAAAUUAAUAAAACUAUAAGCUAUAAAGCUUCAAUAAUGUUGCCAAGUAGAUUCAUAAUUUCAUACAAAUCAAACAAAAUAAUGCCUAUUUACCUACUUAGCAAAAUAUAUAAUUUAAUAUACCUCAUUAUUAUAAACAAUUGUGAUAAUCGAAUUGACCAAAAUAUACGGCAUUAAUCCGUUUUAUUCAUGUGUAAAUGUAUAAUCAACAUAAUCUGUCUCUUAUCUUCGUAUAUUUUGGUGGCUUUCAUUAUAAAUCAUAAUAAUAUUAUAUGCAUCAACAUUAUAAGCACAUAGUGCGAAGUGCAAACGAUAAUUAUAUAUAUUACAAAACCGUACAUGUGAUCAAAUAUAUUUACUCCUGCAUAUUAUAAUAUAUUUUUGUAGACCUGUACGAUUAUAAUAAGAAAAUUGUAACCAUUCCUGAUAUUUAUAAUAAUAGUAUACAUAUAAUUUAAUUUAGUCGUAUAUUUUGUAAGUCAAGGGUGUAUUUGGAAGUCUUCAAGUGUUUCCUUAUAAAUAUUAAUAUCUGCAUUAAUAAGAAAAGUCAAUAAAAGUACAAUAUUAUACAGACAGACAAAAGUAUUGUUAAUUUUCGUAUGUAUUACAAUGAAAAAUAUAAUUUUUUAUUAUUCUAUUCUAUCAGAUAAAAAUUGUAAAACCUCCUCAAAAAUUUUAUUUGGCUACACCCUUCACGUAAAUAAUUAAUAUUAUACCUUUUUUUUUGUCUUGUGUAAAUUCCAUAAGGUAUUCUUCUGUCAGUCUUUUUCCUCUGUAACUCGCAUUCAUAUCAUAAUACUAUAGCUAUUUUUUGUAUAUUAUUAUUUAUGUGUAUUAUAAUACAAAUCAAUAAUUUAGUUGAGUGUAUCCUACCUUGGUACAGCUACUUACCUACCAACCCAUAUUUUAAUUUUUAUAGACGUAAUAUUACCAAUAGGCAAUAACCUACCAAUUUGUUUGUCUUGAUUAUAAUAAUGUAUGUUACCUUAGCUUUUCUUUUACUACCUACCUACCUAUAUUGUAUUGGCUAUUUCCUUAAUAUUAUGAACACGUAACUUAUAAAUAGUUAAAAUAACGAUAAUUUGUUUUAUUUGCGUGUUAAAUACCUUAAACAUAUUAUAUAUGAUAAUACUAUUCUACCUAUACGUAUUUUUAACAAAUAUCAUGUGCAAAAUAUAUAUGUAUAUUAUAUUUCAGCUUUUCUAUUUAAUAUUUGAGUGCGUAUUGUAUUGUUAAACUUGUAGUGUAUAUAAUAUAAUAAACAAAACUAAAAUUAUAA